GUCAUUUUUAAGAACACAAGUGUGGCUGACAGGAGUGGGUUAGCCGCACGUUUAGCCCCAAAUUGAAUGCAGUGAGGACAAUCGUAUUUCCUCCAUUUGUGGUUAAAGAAGAUGCAUUCACUCCUCAAGGUGGACAAUGAGCUUAACACUAAGGUCGAUGCUUUCAGAGAACGAAUUACUGGGGAGGCGGAGAACCUAGUUGCAAGUUUUUUCCCAAAUAAGUUAUUGGAACUUGACAAUUUCCUCAAGGAUCCCAUUUUAAACAUCUGUGAACUUAAGGAGAUACACUCAGAAAUCAACUUGACAGUGCCAGACCCCAUUCUACUCUCAAACCAUCUCCACGACGGACUUGAAGCGCAAAAUGCCAAAAAGAGGAUAAUGGAAGAUUGUACUGGGGAGGACAAAGUGGCUGGCACCAAGGUCUUUGUCAUGCCUGGUGGGAUGAUGAAGAGUAACGCCAAGCUGGUGGACCUGAUCGAGAAGGUCAAGCCAGAGAUCAGGACACUCAUAGAGAAAUGUAACACGGUCAAAAUGUGGGUUCAGUUGCUUAUCCCAAGAAUAGAAGAUGGCAACAACUUUGGGGUUUCAAUUCAGGAGGAGACAGUAGCUGAACUCCGAACAGUGGAGGGGGAAGCAGCAUCGUACCUCGACCAGAUAUCUGGAUACUACAUCACAAGAGCAAAGCUGGUGUCCAAAAUAGCAAAAUACCCACAUGUGGAGGACUACCGGCGCACUGUGACGGAGAUUGAUGAGAAGAAAUACAUCAGCCUCAAGGUCAUAGUUUCAGAGCUGAGAAAUCAAUACGUAACGUUACACGACAUGAUCUUGAAGAACAUUGACAAGAUCAAGAAGCCUAGGAGCAGUAAUGCUGAGGCAUUGUACUGAGACUGACCCAGCCACCCUUCCCGUUCCGUUCCCUUUCCCUGCCCAGCUGUCGAGGUAACGGAAGGAGUAGCGCUAGACCAUCACUACCAGAUCAGUACAAUCCAGGAAACCAUAGUCGGGGUAUCUUUUCGUUUGAUUUGUAAAAUAUGGUCAUUGUUUUAAAACCCUUCGAAGAAUAUGUUAUGAGGUCUCUCGAUGAACCGUGAACGAUGGCUCCGGAAAAAUAACGCGAUGUAUAAAAAAAAUAUUUAAAAAAAGUACAUUAAAACCAUUUUGUCCAUGCAUAUUACUGUCUUUUGUGAAACUUUUGAAAUGGUCCUUUUAGUCUACUGUUUUAUUGAAUGUUUUAUUGCUGCAAUGGGAGACGAGUCCUAUGUAGGUCACUGAAGAAGUGCUUUUUAGCGGCUGUGUUUUCAAUUACUCUUGUGAUGGUGGUAACGGCUGACUGACUUUAUGCUGGAUAUUAUGACUCAAAGGAGAACAAUUAUUUCAGGAUGCCCAUAAAAUUGUUUAGAUUGUUCAAUGAUAAUGAGACAUGACAUUUUAAUGCUGCCAACUCCGAAAGGUGUUUCUUCAACUCAUUUCACUGAAUAAAAUGGUUUUGUUUAGAAGACA